CCGGGGAGGACGGCUGCUUCCGGCGCCGUAGCUGUCGCCAUCUCCUCCGCGCCAUGGCUGCGUUCGGCCGUCAGGUCCUUGAUUGGCACCGCCUGAUCCCCCUCACCUGGGCGUGGAUGGCUAGGCAGACUCCUCAUCUUGGAGAACAGAGAAGGAUGACAGCUUCCUUGUUGCGCAAACUGAUGACAGCCUCCAAUGGAGGGGUCACUGAGGAGUUCUCUUGUGUUAGAUCCAAUAACUAUGUGCAGGAACCAGAGUGCAGGAGGGAUCGUGUUCAGUGCCUCCUUGAGAAGGAAUGGACUCCUGUGGAACAAGGGUCCUCGGAGCUAGAGAGGGUCAUCAGUUCCCUCCUGGACAUGGGUUUCAGCAAUGCCCAUAUUAAUGAAUUGCUCAGUGUACAACCAGGGGCCAGUCCUCAACAGUUGCUGGACAUCAUUUCAGAAUUUAUCCUCUUGGGUCUGAAUCCAGAGCCUGUGUAUGUGGUUUUGAAGAAAAGUCCCCAGUUAUUGAAACUGCCUAUUAUGCAAAUGAGGAAGCGCUCCAGUUACCUGCGAAAGCUUGGGCUUGGAGAAGGGAAAUUAAAGAGGGUGCUUUACUGUUGCCCUGAAAUUUUCACCAUGCAUCAGCAGGACAUUAAUGACACUGUCAGGCUUCUGAAGGAGAAGUGCCUUUUCACGGUACAGCAAGUCACCAAGAUUUUGCACAGUUGCCCCUCUGUUCUUCGAGAGGACCUGGGUCAGCUGGAAUACAAGUUUCAGUAUGCAUACUUCAGGAUGGGAAUUAAGCAUCCAGACAUUGUAAAGAGUGAGUACUUGCAGUAUUCACUAACCAAGAUUAAGCAGAGACACAUCUACCUGGAGCGACUGGGACGGUACCAAACCCCUGAUAAGAAGGGGCAGACACAGAUCCCGAACCCGUUGCUCAAGGACAUUUUCAGAGUUUCAGAAGCCGAGUUUUUGGCCAGGACAGCCUGUUCUUCUGUUGAGGAGUUUGAGGUUUUUAAGAAGCUCCUGGCUCGGGAGGAGGAGUCUGACAGCAGCACAUCUGAUGACAAAAGGGCAAGUCUGGAUGAAGAUGAGGAUGAAGAUGAUGAGGAGGACGAUGAGGCGGAGGAUGAUGAUGAGGAUGAGGAUGAGGAUGACGAGGAGGAGGAACAGCUAUGAUGGAAAGCCUAGAGCAAGGGCCCAGAGGUAUCAUGGAAGCUUUUCAUUCUCUUAAAGCUUUUGGGUCCUUUACUUGAAUCUUCUCAAGUUAUUUUUUAUUCUAAAACUGGUCUCUUGAUGAAAAAAAUUAUAAGUCACCUGAGAGGCAGACAGAUCAAACCAAACAGGAAAUGCAUGUUUGAUCUGUUGUCAGGUGUCUGUGGGGAGGGCCCUGUCCCAUCCUGAAUAAAAUACUUACUUUGAGCUAUUCAAAUCAAGGGCACUCAAUACAUCAACAUUUGGUUUUUUUUUUUUUUCUCUUUUGAAUAUGUUGGUGAUAAUUCCGUGACAGUUGGAAGAUGGGGUUCGUUCUUCUGGUUCAGGAAUCACUUUAUAUUUCCUUCUAGUGAUAAAAAUAAAAUUACGAGAAGGCAGUGUGAGGUUUUAGUACAUCAUAGCACUUUAUUUUGUGAAAACAUGUAGCAGGUUUUCCACAAAAAUACUUGUUUUUAAUCCAAAAGUAUAUUGCUUCAUAAUGGCAUUGGUGUACAGCAGAAUAAAAGGAAGUUGAUUC